GUCAUCAUAACCGUUGAAGGUCUAUGCUGUUAGUUCAGCAAGCGAGACGCUUACCUUUAUUAUUACAACAACUGACUGAAAUCACAAAUAACAACGCAACAUACUCUCAUGAUCACAUUAACUUAUUAGCAAGUUAGCUGGUGACAUGUCAACAGCAGGUACCCUAGCAGGUUGACUACAGUGGGGCGAUGCGGCUAACAAGCUAACUAACCAACCCAAGCAAGUUCACGUCACCUGGACGUUAAUUAACAUUUGAGGAUGUUCAACAUGAAGUCAUGAAGUCCAUAAUAUCUGGGCUGCACUUGAAAUUUGCAGAGAAGACCUGGAAUGAAACCUUUCAGCUUGUCCGAAGAUGCAUGGACAAACCCAAAGAUGAAUCCAAACCCUGUCAGCUGCUGGUUAGAUCUCUGGAAAGGCUCCAGGAAGUGGUUACUGUGUCCUCUAUGAAUACCAUGAGGUCUCGCCUGGAAAUGAUUGCCAAACAACAAGGAAUGGGCUUCCAUAUUACUGAGGCCACAUGCUACCUGACAGCCGAUCUGUUCUACCUGGAGGUGGUGUUGCUGCCGUGUGGCGGGACGAAGGAGGUGAAAGUGGCUCCACAUGGAGGAUUCCCUGUUGUAAGUGGAUUACACUGCCAUUCACAUUACUCCCCUUUACUCCUGAUAAUAAAAAUUUUAAUUGUCUUGCAGCCCAGUGAGUCCCUUCUUCAGCCGCUGAGGUCAAAACAUUUUGCUGAGUUCUCUGGGAAGUUGGCAGACCUCUUCACUCAGUACAACAUCCCUGGAGACAAUGAAAGCAAAUUAAAAUUGUUUGCAUCUCUGCAAUGCCUCGGGAAAGACUUGGAGCAAAUAUCACAUUUACCAAGGUUGCCAAAGGACUCUGACCCCCAAGCUGACAUGAUUAACAAUGGCAGGAUUGGGUGUCUGAUAGCUGGAAAAGAAGAUAGCCCAAUGAAGAUCCAGUUCUAUAUCACCCCGACUGAUGGAAUGAAGACCUCAGAUUUACAAAUGACAGAGACGGUCGUCCAGGCAGCCCAGGUGAUUGUCGGUGCCAGUGAUGUGACCCACAUGCUUCAGAUGGCAUCUGUGAUCCCACAGCCUCCACAGCUGGAUGCUCAGGGUCAUCCUGUGUUCCUGACGUUGAGUGAGGCGCCGCAUGAGGCGCUGCCUGCCUGCUUUCUCCUCAAACUGCAACCCGCAAUACCAAUGACGUUGUCUUUUGUGAAAAAGCUCAGCCACAUUACAGAUGUGGCCAUACCAGAUGUUGACCUGCAGUGGGCGCCCUUACCCAAGCUUCUCAUGAGACGUUCACGUGCAAACGGCCAUGGGGAGACAUUAGAUGAGCAGGAUAUUAUUUGUACAGUGCCUCUUCCUGGUGGUGUGAUGCACAGUUAUAUCCUCCCUGGAGAUGCAUGGGAGGUGCCUGCCCUGAGAGGGACUGUAGUGGACAGUGUUCCCUUCGCUCACCCAGCCCGAGUCCCGGCCCUGCUGGACCUGCUUCGACAUCAGUGUGCCAUCAACACCCUGCUGAGGAGCUGCAUCACUUCUCAGUGUGCCGGAACAGAUUUGGCGUGUGACCUGCACUUUGAAGUCCUUCCGGAGUCUGAGACCAGCUUUUCUGUUACCUUCCACCGACCUGACGUCGACUCCCUCGCUGUUUUGCUGGUGAACGUAUCUGGUUUGCAUCAGAUUACCUGCACUUUGUUCGGGGCAGGAAUAGGGGAGGCUUCUUUGGAUGAAUACCUUUCCACUGUCAUGAAGAGGUUCAUGUCUGUUCCUGUUACAUUGAGGACAUUGUACAGCAAGCUAGAGAAGAUCACCUCUGCUCCAUUUUCUCCCAGCCGCCCUGCCACCACAGAGGCCGAAAAUGACCACUCGGCUCCCUCAAGCACCGCUGUGAUGGACACCAACGGCGCCUUGACCACGUUGUCCCAGAGUGCAGCUGUGCCAGAGGUCAGCUUCAGUGUUUCUGGAUCGUCUGUAGACAAGUCUGAGCUCUCUGAGCUCCUUCCUGAAAUAAACACAAGUCCUGCUGUCAACCCUUACCCGUUCGAUCCUGUGGGUGUGUCACACUCGAUGACCAAUAGUGGCCAACUGUCAGAGCUGACCUAAAACUGUGUGUUUACAUGUGAUGACCUUAAGUUUAAGCCUUUUAUAAUGUGUCAUUUUUAGAUUUGAAUAAAUAUUUUUGGGUAAAGCAA